AUGGCGGAUGAACUGGAAUAUCUCCAUCCAGAUUUCGAUCUGAACUCUCUCACCGUGCCUCGUCUCCGCUCGAUCCUUGUCAACCACGAUGUUCCCUACCCUGCCUCUGCAAAGAAGGCUCAACUGAUCGGCAUCCUCGAAGAUGAAGUUCUUCCGCAAGCCAGAAAACUCUUGCGUGACCGCGACAGGGUUCGACGGACCAGUGCAGGUAUUACAGAUAUGGGCAGUCGGUCUACAUCGGUGGCAAGCGACGUGAACGACAGAGAGUCGAUGCCUCCUCCACCCACACCCUCAACAGUCGGAUCCACAAGCAGAAGCAUGCGAGGCACAUCGCGUCGCAGCACCCGUCACUCAACGGUAGAUACAGAUGAUGGUCUGGAACCUGCCACACCUAUAAGGAACACAAAACGCACGAGCGUCGCUCGCUCGGUGGGUAAACACGCUCGCACAUCUGACACGGAAACCGGCGACGACACACUCGCGACUCCAAUCGCUGCUACCCGUCCUACGCCUCGCAAGUCUACAGCUAGAAAAAUCGGACGGAGCGAGAUCCUCCCUUCGACAGAACUGGAUGAACACACUCGUAUUAAGUCAGAACCACGCAACGAGAGCAUGUUUACGGAUGAUAAUCCCUUUCAAAGUGGAAGCCCUGAGGCCCCUAAAAGCGCAAGGAUGAGUUAUGAUGGCAAGCGGAAGAGCGUUUCGCGCUUAUCUACAGACAGUCCAGCUCGGGGUCGCGGACUCAGGUCGCGGAAAUCAGCAACCCCGUCCAACGUUCAGCAAGACGAUGGCUUCCAGCCACCGAAGCGGGAUUCGUUUGAUUUCGCCUCCCGGCUGAUGCCUCCACAGGAGGAACCUGAGGAGGAAUCGGAUGAAUCCGAGGAUGAUGAAGGGAGCGAAAUUGGCGCAGGUGAAGAAUUCACACCUGAGGAACAGCUCGCUAUGUCUAUGGAGGAUGACCAGUACUCGCCACAAAUUCAGGCUAGACGACGGCCCCAAAAGCAAAGCACUCUCAGCCGCUUGGCACCUUGGGUAGUCAUCCUGUCACUGGUCGGUAGUUUUGGUACCUGGUGGCGCAAAGAAAAACUCGAGAUUGGAUAUUGCGGCCUAGGAAAGCCCACCUGGUCUUUGGCAGACACUAAAGUUCCUGAAUGGGCGAAUGUGCUGGAGCCCCGGUGCGAGCCGUGCCCAAGCCACGCCUUCUGCUACCCAGACUUUGUAGUCCGCUGCGAAAAUGAUUUCCUGUUGAAGCCGCAUCCUCUCGCCCUCGGAGGCCUAGUGCCGUUGCCGCCAACAUGUGAACCUGAUAGUGAAAAGGAACGCCGCGUGAAGGCCGUUGCUGAUAAAGCUGUUGAGGAGCUUCGUGAGCGCCGGGCAAAGUGGGAAUGCGGUCAGCUAAAGGAAGACGGGAAGGGCGCCAGAUCUCCAGACAUCAGCGAGCCAGAGUUGAGGGAAGAGGUGGCUAAGAAACGCCGCAAGGGCAUGAGUGACACGGAAUUUGAUGAGCUGUGGAAGGGCGCCAUUGGGGAGAUCCUUGAAAAAGAUGAAGUUAUUAGCAAGACCAAGCAAAAUUCCGCCAUCCUCAUCCUCUCCUCCACCUCCAUUGCACGGCUCCCACUCGCAUGCGCCGUCCGCCGCUACUUCCGACUCACUCUCCUCGCGUAUCGACUCCCUAUUUCACUUUUAAUCAUGACCAUCGGUCUUCUUGUGUACGCUCGUGCGCGUGUCCUCGCACGUCGGUCUGACAUUGCUCGCGUGCCCGAAUUGGUAGCUACAACCCUCGACCGACUAUCCACGCAGGCUGCACUAUACGCCCGCGGUGAUGCCAAAGAACCUCAUAUUGCCAUCGGGCAGCUCCGCGAUGACGUUCUCCGCUUUGAACUCCAGGGCAAGCGUCGCGAGGAGCUCUGGCGACGGGUCCGCAGCUUUGUCGAAGGCAACGCCAACGUCCGCGCUUCUGUGCGUGAAGGACGUAGCGGUGAUGUUUCUCGGGUCUGGGAGUGGAUCGGUGGGAUUAACGCUGUCGGCGAGCCGGAACAUAUUGGCCGCCGUGAGAGUGCACGAUUCUCCGUCCCUUCUCCAUCCGGUAAUAUUGUGACAAGCCCUCAGACGCCUGCGAGUGAAAGCCAGCCCGAGCCUAUUUCUAGCCCAAGAGAGUCUCGCCGCUGGGACGAGAGCCGUCCGAUCUAUUGA